ACGCCCCGGUUUGUUGUCGUUCACCACCGCGGUGUGCUUAUUUGCGUGCUGUUUGUCCGAAACUAAUAACAUGUCCAAUUCUCAUUUAUUUCUCAAAUCCGGCUUCCCUCGAGCGCCACUACAAAAUGGAAUCGGUCGUUAUGUGUGCCAACUGCAGCGUAUCACCCUGAAGUACUGUAAAACCAGCGGGUCCAGCAAGGGGAUGCGCGAGUUCCUCGAACAAGAGCUGGUCGAUUUCAGCCGGUCCAAUCCAGGAGUGGUGGUGUACGUAAAGCCCCGACGCCACCGGACGGCCGUAAUGUCGGCAGAGUUUUUAAACGGAGAGCGAACGUGGAUAAACUGUCGCAACAAUACGCGCGAGGAAAUCUCGAAAUGGAUCCAGGUGCUGAAACAAUCGAACGGUCGGGCGGAGGAGAUGCGCUUACGUAAACACUGGCACACGGACGUGCCGAGUGUACAGGGUGCCUGGACACCGUUCACCCAUCGUCAUCCAUCAACAAACGUAACCGAUUUCCCUUCCAAACGGUUGUCCCAGCUAAAGGAAGACGAACCCAGUGCCACCGAGAAGCUGCUCGAGCUGUAUCUGGCGCAACGGAAUACAACGUCCCAGCAUGGGCCAGAAGAAACUAAAUAAUUGUUUGUUUAAGUUAUUUUUAACAAUAAACAGUGGUAGUACAAUGUAAAUUUUUUGUAUGUUUAAAGAUCUUCAAACAGGCGGAAUUGAAUCGAAAAUUUAUUCCGUACGCAAGGCAGAAAACCAAGGA